AUGUCUCUAGAAGCCCAGUCUCAGCCCCAGCCUCAGCCCCCAUCCGAAACCCAGACAGAAGCACCAGGAGACCCCCAAGCACAGCCUCCGAAGCAAAACAAGCAACUCACGCUCUUCGUCGACUUCCACAUCCAACCGGACCAGAUCGAGGCGUUCAAGGCGGCGCACCGGCCGGUGUGGGCGGCGUGCGCGGCCGAGCCCGAGUGCCUGCUGUUCGACGUGUUCCACGACGCGCAGGACCCGGCGCACUUCCGCUUCGUCGAGGUGUGGGCGGCCGACCGCGCGUGGUUCGAGGCCUGCCAGCUCACCAAGCCCUACUACGCCGCGCUGUGGGAGCGCAGUCGGCCCACGUGGCGGCGCGAGGUCGUGAUUGAGUAUUUCGAGCGCGAGGGCGAGGGCCAUUAG